AUGUUGCAUACCUUGUGGUCUUUCUUCUUCUUUUUCUUCUUCCUCCUCCUCCUUAUUUGGGGCGGGUGGGCCGAGAAGUCUUCUCCGUGGGGCUGCCCUCCUUCCCCAUUUCUUGGCAGAGAAUUGCAGCACGCACUCGUUGAGAGGGUGACACGAAGUGUGCAACCAUCUCGGCUGGUCACAGCAAUCGGAGUCUCAACGGCGCACGACAUGGGUGUCUAUAGCUUGUUCGCCCUUUCCAAAUGCUAUGGUCAGAUGUAUGCCCACGAGGUUAAUGCCUCCGCGGCAGCCCUGAGGUGGGGAGUGACGUGCUGUUGUAUAUACCUGAUUAUUGGGGUCAAUCGCCAGUUCGGUCGCCAGAACGGGUCCCCGGUCCAGCCCGCAUCAAGGUUGUCUAGCCGUUGCCGAAGAGGUGUUGGGUGGUGGGGGUUUGCAAAGAGUGCGACGCCUUUGAUGCAGGCCAUCUCCCUAUCCGAUACGAUGCGGCACCAGGCGCGCAAGCCCCGCGGCCAGGUCGACCGAACAUGGAGACUCCUCUCGGUCGAAGCCUGA